AUGUACGCCGCUCAGAAUAUAACGCCAACAGUUUUGGAUGCCAUGAACGGAAAUGUUUCCGAAUGGUAUAACGAAUGCGACAAUGCCAUUAGAAGGUUAGAAAUAGUUCCUGGAACUUACGAAUAUACAACUGCUGUUUCUUAUGGAAACGUAGGUGAGUUUGGAGAAGGUUCUUCAACAACAGUAGAUAUUGCUUGCGACAGGUUUCAUAUUAUUUCUAUUGACAACUCAUUCUUAUACGUGGAACAAGACAUUGAAAUAAAACCUUCUGCCAAGUUGUCUGACAAGAAAGGUUGCAAUGGAAUUUUCUAUGUCGGAUACCAAUAUGCUCCAGAAGUUUUCAUGGGAUAUAAGAUAUAUUCUAACUCUGACUUAGUUCAAACAGUAACAUGGGCAAACUAUGAAUGGUUCGCUUUGAGAAACUCAGUACAACCACAAGCCAGAGAACAAACAGACCAGUAUGCCACCAUUGAGAAAAUAAGAAGACUUGACCCUAACGUUCCAGGAGUUUAUGUUAACCUUUCUGGACAAACUGCAGCAGCAGUAACCAAAGUAAAACUGAAACUUAGAGUUCCUUUGUCAUCUUUCCUCAUCUUCAGGUUUUUAAGAUACUUGCCAAACUGGGCAGGAAAAAUUUCUAUCGAACUUACUCCAAGCAAAAAUAACUUAGUCAUUGCACCAACACAAGACCCAUUCAGCAUUACUGUAGCUGGAACUGGUGGAGCCAAGUUCUGUGACUUUUGCAAAGACAAAGUUGACUUAGACUUUGGUUUCUCAAACCUCAACACUGAAGUAAACUAUUAUUUCAAUGCUGCUGGAGAUGCUUGGGACCCAGUUAAGUUCACAUGCGAAAA